AUGUCUUCAUAUAUUAAGUUUUUAAAGGAUAUUUUGACAAAGAAAAAAAAGCUGGGCAAGUAUGAGACAAUUACACUCAUUGAAAAGUGCAAUGCUAUUAUUCAGAACAAGUUCCCACCUAAGCUAAAGGAUCCAAGGAGUUUUUCUAUACUUUGUGCUAUUGGUGGUUCUAAAUUUUCUAAAGCUUUGUGUGAUCUGGGUGCUAAUGUGCCACUGAUGCCUUCAUUUGUUGCUAAGAAACUUAGACUUAAGGAGAUUCAACCGAUUACAGUUACCUUCCAAUUAGCAGAUAGGACAAUUUUUCAUCCUGUUGGGAUCAUAAAAGAUGUGUUGGUUAAAGAGGGACAUCUCUACAUCCCGGUUAACUUACUUGUGCUUGAAAUAAAAGAGGAUGUAGAAAUUUCUCUAAUCUUGGGAUGA